AUGAGCAACCAGAACGUCCUUGAUCCGGCAUUAAGUACGCAGUACACCAAUACCAACCACCAGAACCGCCAACCGCUGCCGCCGCCAUUCCCAGCCGUUGCUCCAAGACCGGAUGGGCUGAAGGCAGACGGCGGGGCAUAUGCGACCCAGCAGAGCCCGCAGCCUUACUACUACCCUUCUCCGCAAACGAACCAGACGCCGCAGCAGUCGGGGGUAGGAAGUGCGCAGCAUAGCAGUCAGACCAGCCCGGAGAAUGCAUACCAGUCGCAGCCGCCGGCGGAGGGCGCAGGCAGCCCGGACAACGGCGAUGGCGCAGAAGAUGCGAAACGACCUCGGGCAUGCGAGGCAUGUCGCAACCUGAAAGUCCGCUGUGACCAAGAUCCAGCGCAUCCGGAGAUCCCGUGUAAGCGGUGCGCGAAGGCAGGCAGGCAAUGUAUCAUCACACAGCCGAGCAGGAAAAGGCAGAAGAAGGCGGACAGCAGGGUGGCGGAGCUGGAGAAGAAGUUGGAUGCCUUGACGGCUGCGUUGCAUCAGCAGCAGCAGGCGACGGUACCGCAGUUUGACGCCCAGCAGGGCGGCGGCGCUGUAGCGCAGGCGGACAUGCUGCAAGGACGGAGCUCCGUGGGCAGUUUGGCUGGGCAGUACCCUCCACCUCCACCUCCCCGGAUGGGAACGAGCCAGUCUGGGAUGCCUUCUGGAUCCAACGACUUUCCUGGACCACCUGCGAAGAGAAAGCGUACGGAUGGAGAGUUUACUGGUUCAGAUGCCUCUUUUCAGCAACCUAGCUACACAGGAGAGGCGAAACGCAGCAGCUGGGUGUUCGAGGAGUCGAAGUCGCAACCCUACGGAGCUAUGUAUUCGGACUUGAGACGCUACCUCCCGUACAGCUCGCCAGAGGAGUUUGUCAAACAGAUCAACACCAUCAUCAGCCCGGACAUGGCAGCGCAGACCUUCCACCGCUAUUGCUCCAAGCUAGCGCCAAAUCUUCCUGCUGUCGUCUUUCCUUCUGGCACUACUGCCGAACAAGUCUUCAGGGAGAAGCCGAUUCUGUACGUGUGCAUUCUAUCUGCCGCGUCUCACGGCAACCUCCACCCGGACAUUGCGAAGAAACUCACCCGCGAAGCUGUGGGCGCUAUUGCCGACUGCGUGGUACGAAGUGGUGCGAAGAGCCUUGAGCUUAUUCAGGCUAUGCAAGUCUUUGCGCUGUGGUACAAGCCGCCGGAGAAAGCAGAGCAGACCAACUUUUAUCAGAUCAUCCAUAUGGCUGCCGUCAUGGCGCUUGAUAUAGGUUUGGGGAAGCGCUUCAAUCCCGCGAAGGCGGAGCGAGGAUUUGGGGGGCGGAAUGCGAAGUAUGCUCCUGGGCCUGGGAAGAUGUUACCGCAGGAUUCAGAUACUGUCGAAGCGAGGAGGGCGUGGCUUGGAUGUUAUUAUUUGUGUGCGAGUGCAUCUAUGGUUCUGAGACGCCCAAAUCUGGUGCGCUGGACAAACUACAUGAAGGAAUGCAUCGAGGUCCUCGAGUCGCACCCAGACGCAUUGCCAUCCGACAAGGUCUUCUGCCAAUACGUCAAGAUCCAGCAUAUCUGUGAAGAAAUAGGCCUGCAGUUUCUCAUGGAUGACAAUACCGCCAAUAUCAGCAUCACCGAUCCAAAGGUUACAUACGCACUCAACAUCCUGGAAACCCAGCUCAAGCACUGGAAGGAGAACAUCCCGGCUAAUCUUCGUACGCCGAAUCUGAUGUUCUUCGAACACGUCACCUCGCUGUACCUCCAUGAGAUAGCGUUGCAUUUCGAUCACAACGUCGAAGACUUCCGCAUGCCAUUCACCGAGGCGUCACUCAAGUCAGUCAACAACACUUCCGACACGCUCACGCAGAACCAAAUUGCUGCGCUCGAGGCUUGCCAUCGAGCUGCGCAUGGAAUUCUUGACACCAUGCUGGGGUUUGAUAUCCACGUGGUCAAGACACUGCCGAUGCUGAUCUACUUCGUCCGCUGCAUCUACGCCCUCGUCAUCCUCAUCAAGAUGCACGUCGCAGUCUGCACGCCAGGAUCGGAACUCGGUAAGAUGAUGAAGCCUGAAGACCUGCGCGUGGAGUAUUACAUGGACAGCCUCAUCACAAUGUUCAGCUUCGUGGCCAAAGAAGAAGAAUUUCGACCUCAUCCGAAGAUCUUGCGGAUCCUGAACGUGCUACGGGAGUGGUUCGGCAAGCACAAGGAGAACGUCGCUGCUCAAUCGAGAGGCGAGCCGAUCCCGCAUCCCACUCCAACCGUCGAGAAGAACGCACAGCUCGGCCAGACACCUCUGCACCUCCUCAGCCAAGUCGCCAACCAGCAGCGCCCGCCUACACUCGGCGAAGCCGCCGAUGGUCCGGCCGGCAAUUCGCAGCAGCACGACUGGACGUUCUCCAACCCCAGCGCCGUCAACUAUGCCAAAGGAGCGCCAGCGAAUGACCCGGCGACCGGCACGGGGUACAGUACCGAGAUGCCAUACGGGGCUGACCAGAAUCUGGGCCUUGUUGAUCCGAUGAACAUGGAUUAUGGAUGGGGCAGCGGAUUCGAGCAGGCGAUGGACAUAGCGUUGUAUGAUACGGAUGGGUUGCAGCAGGGUGGGGGGUUGGAUUCUUGGUUUCUGGGUGAUAGUGUGGCGCCAUUCGGGUUUAAUGGGGACAUGGGGCAGGGGUGGUGA